AUCUUCGUCUUCAUGGAAGAAAGCUCAAACACAAGCAUCCUCUCUAAUGGAAGAACAAGACCCAAAUGUGGACACGAUCUCCCAAUGAAAAUGUUUAUUUCCAAAUCCAAAGCAAAUCCAGGGAGAAAAUACUGGAAGUGCAAGCACUGGGGGAAAGAGGAGGAUUGCGAGCUGUUUCUAUGGGAUGAUGAGUAUUUUGGAGUGGACGUUUCAAAGGAAGAUCGUUUGGUCUGUACGUGCGAGACUGUGGCUCACCAGAUUAAGAUGCUCACGAAGGAGAUCGAAGAAUUGAAGAUUACUAUUGACAACACUAGAAAAGUAGUGAAAUUUGUGAUAUCAAUAGUUGCUUGUUACUGUGUGUUUUAUGGUAUAGGCUUAGGUAGAAUGUAAGAAUUUAUGUUAUAGGCUUAGGAAGAAUGUAAGAAACAUGAUUUCAUGAAUGUCGUGUAACUCAAAUUUCUAAUGUGAAUCAAUG